AGCACACAGUGUGCUAGUGUUCGUGCUGUCUGCUGCCAGCGGUGGUCUGCCCUCCACACUCGCUGCUGCUCGGCUCUGUGUCGUUUAGAAUCACCUUCAACCUGUCGUUUGUCAACACCUGGCUGCCUUUGGACAAGGACGGUGAGACGUCCAGCUUUACCUGUAUGUGCCUGAGAGUCUGACCCACGUCUGUUCGAUGGCUACCUCAGGCUCCACCUCUUCUGCCUCCACCUCCACCGCCGUGCCUGAGGGUUUCCAUUAUGAAACCAAGUUUAUCGUGCUCAACUACCUGGGAAUGCUGCCUGUUGGUAGAUCACAGGCUCAAACAACAACUCAAGGAGAAGUCCAGACUGAGAGAGAGAGGACAACAGCGAUAAAAGGGCAGAUAGAAGAAGAACUGAGACAACUGGAAGAUGAAAUCGCUGCCUCCGUUUCCACGUCAGGCUUCGACCAGCACACGUCACCGGUGUUUAACCCCACAAACCCCGAGACCUCUAUCGAAGACUGCCUCGCUGCGGUGGGAGACCGGGUCGCCCGAGAGCUCGACACACAGCUGGCAUCAGCCGUACACACACUCCUCGCAGGGCCUCUGGACUACCAGAGAUUCAAAGACACAACACUAGAGCUCUCUUCACACACACAGGGAGGCUGGAGUAAGGUGUUAGCACCUUUGGUGUUACUCCAGGCUUUACAAGAUGAGGGGCAGUCGCUGACGACUCUGUUAGACUUCGGGGUUCGAUUCCUGGAGGAGGAUGAAGCUGGCUUCAUCAUUCAGCAGGGAGGAUGGGGUGAAAUCUUCAGCCUCGAGCCGGAGGAGGAGCAAGGUGUGACCAUUGCUGAAGACAGCAACGACAUCUACAUCCUCUCAGGGGAGCAGCAUCCAGACCAGUUCAGCCCCCCCUCCUCGCUGCUCUGCACAGCAGACAACAGCAGUGGGCGGAGCUCCUGGCAGACUGAGAGCUUACCCGUGUCUCUGGCCGGCCACGAGUCGUGGGCACAGGUCGCUGCCAUGGACCCUGAAGACGUCAAGAGCCUGGACAGCAACGAGGGCGUGGCCCUGGCCGAGGAGCGCAGCGAGAACAACUCCUCCAACUCGGACAUUGUCCACGUGGAGCGCGAGGAGGCGGAGCUUCUGGAGGACGGAGGAGAAGUGGGAGCGAUCGAAGAGAGCAUGAUGAGCGUUUUAGGAACGGAGAGCGAGCUGGCCGAGCUCAGGGAAGAAUUCAGGGACCAGACCCCGCCCGAUCCAGAGCCAGCCGAGCCGGACUCUGCCACCCCGGCCUCACUGCUUUCAUUAGAGGAGCCGGUCGUCAUAGAAACGCCUACAGUCCUGUCAGUAGAGCCCUCCCUCACCUCCUCAGAGCCAGAGCUGCCUCCCCCGGCUGCUGAACCCACAGCCCCCACUUCAUCUGAGCCUGAACCCGCAGCACCGUUACCUGUUCCUGCAGUAGAACCAGAGCCUGAGCCAGAACCAGCUGCUGACACCAAGGACACCCCCGCUGCACCAGCAGAGCCUGAAGCCACCUCAGAACCAGCUCCUGAACCCGAGCCGGAGCCCGUCACAGUGCCUCCCCCGACAGAACCAGAGACUGCAGCAGAGCCUGAACCCAAGGCCGCCGCAGCGUCUCCUCAGACAGAACCAGAGACUACAGCAGAGCCGGUGGCGCCACUGGCCGAAACUCCUGUCCCAGAGGCCCCCGCUGAGGCUCCUGCCGAGGAGCCCCCACUGCAGUCAGAGUCCGGCACGGAGCUGCAGAUGCUGCUGUACGGAGGAGCUGCUCUGGUGACGCUCUUCGCCGUGCUGGCGUACGGAGUCGUGAGCUACAGGAGGAAGUAAACCAUCGCACUCAGGAGAGGAAACGCAGAAUCAAAAGUGUUCAGAUAGAAAUAAAAGUACUAGUGCACA